UCAUCGGCUGCUGGGAUAGUGAAAAGAAAUGUGCUGGUGCUAGAGAAUUUAACAAAAAAAACCAAAUAAUCGAUAAAACAGUGACCAUGAACCGCAAUCAGCAGCCCAACUAUCCCGUCAUCUAUGAGCUGCUGAAACAACUGUGCCGGAAUCUCGCCGGGGAACACUCAGACGAAGUGCUGAAAGUGGUAACGCAGCUCAUCAGCCACAAACCGAAUUCGAUCGUUGCUUCCGGCAGCUCCUCGAUCGCCGCCAGUGAAUCCUCCAUCGUAGCCCGCAUCAACCGUCGGUUAGCUUCCCGGAGCCAGGCCAGUGUGACCGUGUUCAGUGGGUUCUACGAGCAGUUGAUUUCGAUCACCGAAAGCAGACAGCGGGCACCGAUUUUGGAGUUUCUGCUGAACCUUUCCGAGGCUGAUAAAUGUGCGGGAGCAAGCGCAUUGCAGAUUGAUCUGCGCCACGAUACAGGCAGUGUUGGAGGAGGCCCCCUGGAGAAUGCGAUCAGUAAGCUAAGCCUCGAUUCCGGCAUCGGUAGCGCUCGCACGAUGUAUCCGGUGAGCGUGAGCAACGGAACGAUUGUUACCAAUGGCAACGAGGCUGGUGUUACCGCUGGCAACGAGCUGGAGGAAAGUAUGAUCCAGGAUGUCAUCUACGCGUGCACCGGUAUCGAAGGCAAGUACCUUCGGAAGAACAUUGUGACGGGCGAGUUUAAGCUCGAUCACGUCGCGGGCCGCAAUCUCGAUACGUGCGAUGCUGGAAUGCUGCUGCGUUUGGCCGAGGUGGGCUAUUUCUACAACAAAACCGCAAAGUUCACGGACCCGAAAAGUGACUCCUACCUAACGGGAAGCUUCGGUCAAGGGUACAUUACGGCCCUGCUAAAAGAGCUGACCAACUAUUACGGAUUGAUUGCGAAUCUCCAGGAAGCGCUCAACAGCCGGUCCGAGCGGAUGACGCUGAUGCGGGUAAUGGUUUGGUUGGUGGAACCGAUGGAACGUCUCCAGUGGCUGUCGGUGAUAUCCGAGGCCUGUCGCGAGAAGAAGGGCGGUGAGCUGGCGUCCGCUGUGCACAAAUUCAUCUGGCACGGUGACCCGAUGGUACGGACAAUGUCCCGUGAAUUGCUGCAGUACGCUUGCAUUCCGCUCCAACAAAUGCUUACGCAGUGGCUGACGGAUGGAAAGAUAGUCGAUCCAAACUGCGAGUUUUUCAUCGAAAAGAUGACCGAAGUCUGCUACAAUCGGUUGUGGCACGAUCAGUUCCGGCUACGGCCAAAAAUGGUGCCAUCGUUCAUCUCGGAUGCGCUCGCCCAUCAGAUACUGGUGAUUGGGAAAAGCAUAAACUUUCUGCGCGAAAUCUGCAAAGACCGAGCACCGGUACGGGAGCGGACGGAUCUGAGUAAAUGCCUCAGCGAGCAUCUGGAGUAUCUGUACAGUCCGCACAACAACACGGAGCUACACGUGCUGAUCGACAGUGUGUAUCUGAAAACGUCGAAACGCGUGCUCGACAUCGUGCUCGGUCCCCAUCGGCUGUUCGAUCAUCUGAAAGCGAUGCGCGACUAUUUGCUACUCGGUCAGGGCCAUUUUGCGGAUCUGCUGAUGGAGUAUCUAAAGGAAGAGCUCGAUCGACCGGCGAAAGAUAUUGGCCAGCAGGAGCUCUUUAUGACCGUAGCGGAGGCGGUACGCAAAUCUUCCUGUGAACAAGAGGACCCGGAGGUGCUGAAUUAUCUCGAUGUCUACUUCCUCUGCCCAUACGAGGGCGAUACGGGCUGGGAUGUGUUCUGCUUGACGUACAAGGUGCAGGAACCACUCGGUACCCUUUUCCAGCCGGUGCAGAGCUCCUACCGGGCCUUGUUCAAACAGCUGUGGAACAUGAAACGGUUCGAGUACAUCCUGUCCAGCAUCUGGCGUAAUCAGAUGCUGGGAGCACGCUGCUACAAGCCCAUCGCGUCCGACAUUGGCGUUAUUAUGCAGCACCUGCAGACCUACUGUGCCAAGAUGACGAACCUCAUCUCGCAGAUGCAGUAUUACAUCCUGUUCGAGGUCAUCGAAUGCUCCUGGGUGCAGUUUAGUGCACGCGUGGCGCAGGCGAAGGCACUCGAUGAUGUGCUGGAAGCGCACGAAAAAUUCCUCCAGCGCAUCAGGAUCGGCAUAUUUAUUGACGAUUCCACACACAUACUAACCACCUCGCUAGAGGAAAUCUUCAAUUCGGUUCGCGAGCUGGACGAGUGGCAGUUGAACUUCUUCGACCUGUGCAAUCGCGAGCUGGAUUCGCGUAAGGCUUUCGAGGAUCACAUCCGCGAAAGUGAAGCAACCGGCACGUACGGUGUAACGGCUGAGCGUACGCUGGAGCGGGACGAGGAGCGGCAACAGUUUGAGCAUCAGCUUAUGCUCUGCCAGAAAUCGAUCAUCAUGAUCGGUUCCAAGUACGAGAACUCGGUGCACCAGUUCCUGUACAAGCUGGCCAGCUCACCGACGGAGUCAUUGCCACAGCUGUGCAUGCGGUUGGACUACAACGAGUACUACAAACACCGGGAUGCACGUCUCAGCUCGACGUUGACCUUCCAGCAUUUGCGCAAAAGUAUGGGCGGUAAUUUCGGACGCAAAUGAUCGAGCGUGCCUGGCGGCUGCAUAAGGAAGUCCAAUCCGAACCAACCGCAACCGGUGGUGGCCCCACUGGUGCUAGCACGACCGAGCAAAUCGAAAACUAUCCUAAACUCGUUUCUCCGGCAGCGUGCGCAAGGACACUACGGCUGUUGUGAGUUGAUGUAGGGCGAGUUGACGCGUCGGCAAGAGCUUAUCCUGGAUUACUAACAUCAAGUAGCACUGGUGCCAAACUCGCGUUCCCGUUGAAUUUGCAUAAAUUAUCAGUAAAAAAUAAACUUGCAGAGGAAACCC